UCCCCCUCGCUCCAACUCACAACUCGCAGCGCACCACACCUCUCCCUCCCACAGCUUCUAUACAGAGCCAGAGCACUCCGUCCGUCGUCGCCGCCUACUGUCUCUUCUAAAGCUUAGCCAGCUUCCCCUCCGUCCACCAGCACCAACCAAAUGGCUCGCUUCGCCGUGGUCGCCGCCAUCGUCGCGCUCCUGGCCAUCACCGCGGCCGCGCAGGGCCCCAUGCCGGCGCCCAAGAUGGCCCCGCUGCCGGCGGCCCCGACGAGGUCGCCCCCGGUCGCCACGCCUCCGACCGCAUCGGCGCCGUCCCCGAUGGCCUCUCCCCCGGCCCCGCCCACCGACGCCCCCACCGGCGCUCCUUCCGCGAUGACACCCUCCGCGGUCGCCGGAGCACCCGCGGGCGCGCCCGCCGGCGCGCCCAGCGGCACCACGCCCGCCAGUUCCGCGGUCUACGCCUCCUCCGUCAGCUUCGUCGCCGUGGCCGGUGCCGUCGCCGCCGCCGUCAUGUUCUAGAUGCAUGCAGCGGUCCUCGCUCGACCGCCGCGGGAGUGCCACUCUGUUUUAUUAGCGCUGUUGUUCAUACAACGAGAUUCAUUUUUAGAGGCUGCGGAGAGAGUGACAUGACAUGACCUUGCCAUGUUAUCUUGCUACAUACUGUACGCUCCAGAUCAUUAUUAAUGGAAUUCUUUCAUUUGUUA